AUGUACGACAAUGACCCUGUGGCCGAAGUUCCUGAAGACAAGAAGGAGAAGGUCCUGGGAGGCCGUGGAUCAGAUGGUCCAAUCGACAUAUCCGAAGCAGACCGCGCACGCGAGGGCUGCAUGUGGGGAGAGACCGUGGAUGGCUCAGACCAGGCUCCCACGAUGUGGCCUCGGCUUGCUGCCAUUGCUGAGCGGCUCUGGAGCGCGCCGGCCUCGUCUUCUGCGGCCGCGGAGUCACGCCUCAAUGCCUUCAGGUGCCUGCUCCUUCGUCGGGGCGUGGCAGCCGCCCCCACUCAGGUCAGCGGCAGAAGAGCACCUCUUGGGCCAGGGUCGCUUGGAGCUGCAGGGAGAUAG